AUGGCUAAGAUUGUAGAGGUUCCAGAGAGUGUUGUUGAAACAGAGGUUAUUAGUGAAGAUGUAUCUGAAGAAAGUUCGGUUGAUCUCGAAGAAAUUGCUGCAGAAGUUUACUAUUAUCAGUCCGAACAGGAGGUUUUAGCUAGUUCUUUAAAAUCAAUUAUGCCUCCUAAUGUGUUUAAUUCUUUUGCAGGUUAUUUCAGUGAGCCAACAACAGGAUCUUGCCCACAGUAUGAUGUUGAGAAGGCUCCGGUUGAAGAAAUAAUUGAUGUCUCCAAAGAAAUAACUGAAGAAACACUAGAAGAGAUUGCUGACAAAGUUUUAAUGGCAAAGCUGAAAGAGGUAGACACAGAGUCUGUAAAACCAGAGUCUGUUGAUACUGAGUCGGUCAAAACAGAGUUAGGUCAAAAGGAGUCUGACGGGAAAUCCGAAAGUCAGGAGAUCAAAUCAGAAGGAGUGUUUGAGUCAGAGUCUGACGGUGUCGGUAAACAGGAUGUUAAAAUUGAUCAAAAGGAAAAGAUUAUUGUCCCGCAACAACCAGAUGUAACACCUGUCUUUAACAGUGUUCCACCCCCAAUGUGGAAUCAUUACACUCAGAAAUAUCUAGAUGGGGUGGAAGCUGCUUUGAACCUCAAACUGAGAACAAUUGAGAAUGAAUUGCCUGAGAGUAUUGAUGUUACAUUCUCUCCGUCUGACACUGACAAUGAGUCACAGGUAAUCAAGAAUGUUGUUGACCAAGUGUUAGACGAAGAGAAUGAUAACUCGGAGCCUGAGAUUAUGAAAACUCAUUCUGAGAAUUCAAUUUCUGAUUCUGAAGAAGAUGGUAACUUCUUAGACAGAUUUAUACCAAAAUCAGACAAAGUCACGAAUGAUGAUUCAAUCAUUGUGGUUUACACAAUGGUUGGAACUGACAAACUUUACUCUGAUUUUGAGUAUCCGCUCCAAAAUGCAAGAAUUGAGAAUGUCGAAAAGUCAAAAGCCAUUGAUGAUUUCAAUGCAGCGAAGAAGUUAAGAGAAGAGACCUACAAAUCAACUUUUGUCGAAUAUGAUAAAAGGAUUUGUUAUCGCUGCAAUGAAAUUGGUCACAUGGCCAAGCAAUGCAUGAAAAAGCUUGAAAAACCUGUUUUGCAAAAACCAAAAUCUAAAACUCCAACUGAUAACAAGGGUAAAAAACCAAUGAUUUCACCGGUUCGUAUUUUGAAGAGAGGUGAAUCUCUGAAGUCGGAAGAAAAGCCGAAAUCAACUUUUGAGGUUGGCAAAUCUUCGAAAGUCCAAAAGACUUCAAAGAUUUAUCCAAAAACGAAAGUUUCUGAGAAUCAAUCUUGGGUGGUGAAACCAAAAUCAUCAGUUGAAGAGAAAAAGAUGGAGAAUGUUUUGAAAAAUGAACCAAAAGUCUUUGAAAAUGAUGUGGAUAAACUUGAAUUUGAACUUGAUAUGCUACUUGAAGAGUUUCCACCAAUUAAAAAGGAAGAUUUAAAAUCAAAAGUCAAACCUGUUGUCCCAAAUGUCAUUUUUAGUAUUCCGAAAGUUGAAGUGGAUUGCGAUCUUGUGUUUGGGAAUGUUCUGAAUGAGCUGCCGAAGUCAUUUAUCUCGAAAUGGAUCAUGGACAGUGGAGCUUCAAGGCACAUGACCGGAAUGCUAGCAUUGCUCUAUGACGUCAAAUCUCUCAACGGAGGAUAUGUGGGAUUUGCUGGGAAUCAGGGUGGAAGGAUUGUUGGUCAAUGA